AUGCGUGCUGCUGACAGACUCUCACAGUACUAUAAAGACUUGAUGAGACUCAGUAAUGAAUGCAGACUUGCACAUGAACAAUGGGAUGUCAAUAUUACCAAGAGGUCUGCAGUAGAAACCAAGAAAGACCAUCCAGCCUUUCCAAACAGUGACAGCACACUUCACAACAGGACCUUUCAUCCUCAGGCUAACAAGUGUAAGGCAUAUUCACCAGCAAUUUCUACAAUCCUGUCGGACACUGCCUCUAGUCCUUCCACAUCAAACUGUGAAGAACUGAAAGGAAAAGUUCAGGAAAAGCUUAUGGAGCAGAAGAGUGAACACAGCAGCAUCAGUAGUCUCUCCACCACAAAAGCCUCCAUUAUAGAAAUGAAGAUGGCAGAUUCUACAAUGAGUACUCAUCACAGUGAUGGAAAGUGUGAACCAAGCAAGGCAGCCAUGAUAAUCCAAGCACAAUGGCGUAGUUACAUUGCACGAAGACAGAUUGAUUACUCUGGAAAACCUUGUCCAACCACAGCUUCAGAACCCUUGCGCAAUUCCUUCAUUAAUGACCAGAUGACUUCCAAUGAAGAAGGAAGAAAACCUAUUAUGAAUAUCCAAGAACAGAGGGAGAAAGCUGCUCUUUGCAUUCAGGCAGUUUGGAAGGGCUUUAUUUUACGAAAGAAACUGGUGACCGCCAUAGAAGCUAUCAAGGAUGAAGAAUCUGGAGAAGAAUACGAAGAAAUAGAUUUAGAGGAUUUUGAGUUUGAUGAGGAUGCCUUGGAGAAAGACUGGCCAGCCUUAGAUUCCACCGGCUUCCCUUCACAAACACUGCCUCUCUCCAAGCAGCUGCCCUGGCCAAAGAACACUCGGACUUUGAGACACGAUGAAACUUCACCCCCGGUACCAGCUCAUCCAGCUCAAGCAUGGCUUUGCAAUGAGAGAGAAAAUCUGUUGUCGUCAGAGCACACGCAGUUCAGUAGCAGAUCAGAAAGUGGAACUUUAUCCUGGACACCUGAAUCAAAAUCAAGUAGGAAGAGUUUACUGCAAUCUGAAAAAGAGGAAAAAAUUUCAGAAGAAUGGGGCUUUAAGGAUAUCUCUACAGCUCAGCAAAUGCUAAAGAGAGCAAAGAAAAUGAAAUCAAGGAAACUAAGGAAAAAAUUAGAACCGUCUGUGCGACUAGCAUUAUUCAAAAAGAACAAAAAUAAACUUUCGGUUACCAAGUCAUCAAAGAAAUCACAGCUCAGAAGAGACAGUUACUUUGCAGAUGAGGAGGAAGAAGCAGUCUCCAAGGCAACUGCUGCAAAGGAAAAGUUAGAAAGGAGUAAGGAGUAUACCUACCAGUGGCUGCAUACACAAGUUGGCUUUCCUGAAGCAACUAGUUCCAGAAACGUGAAAUGCAAUCACUUCUUGCCUGAGUUAGAUCCAGAUGUACUUAAUGGUGGAAGAGUUCAACUUGUGGCAAGACUUGUAAGCAGAGAAGACACGGAUUUAGACCUUUUUUCCACGACCAGUGCAAGUACUUUGUCUGUGAACAAAGAAAAAAAAAGCCAGACACACAGAUACUCGACGGGAUCCUCAAGUGGCUCAAACAAGGGAAUAAUUGCACCAAUGGUAACACACACCAGACCUUCUAUUAAGGAGCGCAUAUCAUUCCGUGACAAUCCUGUUCAACUCAGCGGUGGCUGGGGAAGUGGCAAAAAGAAGGUGAAAUCGUCCACCUAAUAGUCCCAGCUCCAGCACUCCAAACACCACGCACAUGACUUAGUUAACUCUGCAGAUAAACGGUCCUGUUAUCAGACGGAAACAAGGUUUCCGAAACAUUGCACU